AUGACGACCUGGGCUCUGCCUUCGAAAGGAACAUGGCAUACAAAGCUGGAAGGACAAGGCGUGUUGCCGCCAGCGUCGUUGGGAAAGAGUUCCCCGUCGAGGUCUGAGCACACCAAUACAUUGACCCUGGCGAGCAGCUAUCCAACGACAACAUUGAUCAGGACGACGUUGCUGCCCGAGCUCACUUCAUCAGCCGUGUCCACCAUCAGCCUGAAGAUGACUCGGUUUCAAGAUUGGGAGGCCCAGCUGGUGCCGACAGCGAAUGGAAGGAUCUUCUUCCGUUACGCCGGCAAAGGUCAACCGAUCCUACUCCUUCAUGGUGUGCCACAGCAUUCGCUCAUGUACCACUCCAUCGCGCCCGCGCUGCUGUCGAAGGGCUUCCUCGCUAUCGUCCCAGACCUACCUGGCUUUGGCCAAUCCAUUGUCAACAAAGGCACCGCGCUAACAUCCAGGAAUGCCGCUGACGCGCUCCACACGGGAACUGGUCCUGCCAUUGUCUUAGCUCGCGACUAUCCCGACAUCAUCAAGGGUCUUAUCAUAGCGGAAUACUCGCUCCCAGGCUUCGGUCACGAGAUUGCGCAGCAACCAAGCCGCGUUCAGACUAUCUUUGACCACUGGCAUCUUGGUCUUUUUACUCUUCCCGAAGUGGCCGUCUUCCUUAUUCGCGGCCGUGAAGAAGAAUUUCUUACGUGGUAUUACUGGCAUACCUCCUACAGUGGCCACAACGCACUACCGGACGAGUUGUUCCAACAGUACGUCAAAGAAUGGCGCCGACCAGGAGGCGUCGAGGCUGCUGCCGAGUUCCUUGGAGGCUCAGUCUGGGCAGACAUGGAAGAGUUUGACUGCUUCAAGAAAGGCACGAGGCUUCAGCAAAAACUGCUCGUGAUGGGUGGCGAGGCCAGUAUGGGCAGAGAUGGCAUCUUAGAGGCUUCCUGGAAUGGUGUCAGCGCCGAGCCCCUCGAGACAGUGAUUGUCCCCAAGUCGGGCCACUGGAUUGACAACGAGAACCCGCAGUUCGUGGCUGAACGAGUGGCGAAGCGGAUCGGUCAACUCGGCAAACCUAUCCAAGACGUGGACUUCAGCUGGUUGAACGCCAACUACAAGGACAGAAUUCAGGCUGUCGAAGCCGCUGUGAAAAGGGUGACCACCGGCCCUGCCGUAGGAAUACAUCAGCCGGGCACGAGAAUGUAG